AUGUCUAGUAAAGAAGAAGAGUUGUUUAGAAAGAUCAUUGGAUCAGUGACACUAAGAACGACGAUAUUCAAUCAUGUAAGAGAGAUUAGAAUGUUGUUGGGUACAACAUUCUACAAGAUACCAGGAACAAAGUACACUGUCGAACUUUGUCCGAUCAUUGAAGAUCACCAAUUCAUCAUAAGAAAAUAUGCUAUGCGGUACCAAUAUUAUUUUUACAACAAUACCAAAGCACAUACAUUUACGUUGGGUGCAUUGGAUACAAUCACUGGUUUGCUACAAAACUCUGUAUCCAAGUUGGUUAAACGUUCAAUACAACUCAUGUCUUUGGAGAAUGUAAAUGAUGGUGGUUCUGCUUUUGGCUCUGGUGGAGGACUUCGAUGCAAACAUCUUGCCUUGAGUUUAAUGGAGCUCUUUACUCAUCAAGAAGCAGCCGACUAUGGUAUCGAGAUGGCUUGUGAAGCUGUUGACAAAUACCACAUUGGAGAGUCUUGUAAAGAACCUUACAUGCUUUAUGUGUAUCAAGUAUCACAUAUUAUCGAGAAGUUCAAGUCUGCUGCAGCGGGUGGCAAUGCCAACUUUGGCAAUCUUUACACAACAACCGUGGUCUUUUUCCACAGGAUCAUAGAAUACAUACUUCAUAUGAUCGCAAAUCCCAUUGCCUGCAUAAAGAAAAGGAGAAAUUCAACUACCAUGAUCAGCUCUCAAGAAGUCAAGGAAAUAUUAAAAGGAGAGGAAUUUACUUCAGGAUUCUUUUUUAGAGAUGAAUUAGAGCCUCCACAAGCCUCAGCUACUCUUGGUCUAGACUCAAUAAAGUUUUUGGAGAAAAUCAAAGAGACCGAUCAGCUAUACACCGAGGAUCCCAAUGAAGCUAUUAAUACUAUUUACACUUUUAACAAUCCAAACGACGACGACAAUGAUGAUGAUGAUGAUGAAGGCUACAAUCAACCAGACUUUGGACAGUUGGUGGUUGAACUUCCAAUCGAGAAUCUCCGAACCAUUGCCAAAAUGUUGUCUGUCGAUAUCCAAGAAUGUUUGGAUAAAAAAAAUGUAAUUAAAAAGAAGAUUAUGAAUGAAAUCAAACAAUUGACAUCAAAGAAAAUGAUUUUCAAAAUGUAUGAAGAUGAUGGAGAUGUUGAUGCAUCACAAUACAGCGAGACUGAUCUAAUCAAAAUAUGUCGAUGGUAUGAAUGUAUGUGCGACAAUGACGGGUAUCACGAUGUUUGGUUUAUGACUCCAGUACAAGCAUUCAAAGAAUUUGGAGAUCCAAAGGAACUUAAAGUUAAUGGUCUUGAAUUUCAACAUAACGGGUCUUAA